AAAAUUUAAUUUAGUGAAAAUAUGACUCAAUCGAAGGAGCUUUCUUAACUGAACUUCAAGUUAUAAGCCAGCAUUUGAUUGGUUCACAAACAAAAGUUAACCACAACCUAAGGCAAGCCAAGCAGCCAUCUGAGCCGGGGCCAAGAUGUCGUCGGUUAAGGUAGCGGUGCGUGUGCGCCCGUUCAACUCGCGGGAGAUCGCACGGGAGUCGAAAUGCAUCAUCGAGAUGAGUGGCGCCACCACGGCGAUUACUAAUCCUAAGGUGCCACCCAACACGAGUGAGUCGGUGAAGCGAUUCAACUUUGAUUACUCCUACUGGUCACACGAUCCACGUGAUCUCGAUUUUUCCACACAAUCCAUGGUCUACAAGGACAUUGGCGAGGAGAUGUUACAGCACUCCUUCGAUGGCUACAAUGUGUGCAUUUUUGCCUAUGGCCAGACUGGUGCUGGCAAGUCCUACACCAUGAUGGGCAGACAGGAGGAGCAGCAGGAGGGCAUUAUACCCAUGAUUUGCAAGGAUUUGUUUGGUCGCAUUCAAGAUACCGAAACCGAUGAGCUCAAAUACUCGGUAGAGGUCUCUUAUAUGGAAAUCUAUUGUGAGCGCGUCAGAGAUCUAUUAAAUCCCAAGAACAAGGGUAACUUACGGGUGCGGGAACAUCCUCUCUUGGGUCCCUAUGUGGAGGAUCUUUCUAAAUUGGCCGUUACCGACUACCAGGAUAUACACGACCUCAUUGACGAGGGUAAUAAGGCGCGUACGGUGGCUGCCACCAACAUGAACGAGACAAGCUCGCGGUCCCAUGCGGUUUUCACCAUCUUCUUCACACAACGUCGCCACGAUACUAUGACCGACUUGACAACCGAGAAGGUGUCCAAGAUAAGUCUGGUGGAUUUGGCCGGCUCGGAACGUGCUGAUUCCACUGGAGCUAAGGGAACUCGCUUGAAGGAGGGCGCCAACAUCAAUAAAUCACUGACUACAUUGGGCAAAGUCAUUUCUGCUCUAGCGGAGGUGGUUUCAAAGAAAAAGAACUCAAAGAAAGCUGAUUUUAUUCCGUAUCGUGACUCAGCCUUGACCUGGCUGCUGCGUGAGAAUCUAGGUGGCAAUUCCAAAACGGCUAUGAUCGCUGCUAUCUCGCCAGCUGACAUUAAUUACGACGAGACCCUCAGUACUCUACGCUAUGCUGAUCGUGCCAAGCAAAUUGUCUGCAAGGCUGUUGUCAAUGAGGAUGCGAAUGCAAAACUUAUACGGGAGCUCAAAGAGGAAAUUCAGAAACUUCGCGACCUGCUCAAGGCCGAGGGCAUUGAGGUGCAAGAAGAGGACGAGAUAACCAAGUCGACGGUUAUAAAGUCGCCCACCAAAGGACGCAAUCGUAAUGGUUCCACCACGGAGAUGGCAGUGGAUCAGCUGCAAGCCAGCGAGAAGCUUAUUGCAGAACUUAAUGAAACCUGGGAGGAGAAACUCAAGCGCACCGAGGAAAUACGUUUGCAGCGCGAAGCAGUCUUUGCCGAAAUGGGAGUGGCCGUUAAGGAGGAUGGCAUCACAGUUGGAGUUUUCUCACCCAAGAAGACCCCGCAUCUGGUGAAUCUCAACGAAGAUCCCAAUUUGUCAGAGUGUCUGCUCUAUUACAUCAAGGAUGGUUUAACGCGUCUUGGCACACAUGAGGCUAAUGUGCCACAGGACAUUCAGCUGUCUGGUUCGCACAUCUUAAAGGAACAUUGCACUUUUGAGAAUCGAAAUAGCACCGUCACUUUGUUGCCUCACAAGGAUGCCAUAAUUUUCAUCAAUGGACGCAAGUUGGUCGAGCCAGAGGUGCUCAAGACUGGCUCUCGUGUCAUUUUGGGCAAGAAUCAUGUGUUCCGCUUCACCAAUCCGGAACAGGCUCGCGAGCUGCGCGAAAAAAUUACUGAAAACGAGGCCGAGAACGAGGUAGAGAAGGCAGAUACACAGCAAGUGGAUUGGAACUUUGCGCAGUGUGAACUCUUGGAGAAACAGGGCAUUGAUCUUAAGGCUGAGAUGAAGAAACGUCUCGACAAUCUUGAGGAGCAAUAUAAGCGAGAGAAACUUCAAGCCGAUCAGCAGUUCGAGGAGCAACGCAAGUCCUACGAGGCUCGCAUUGAUGCUCUGCAAAAGCAGGUGGAAGAACAAUCCAUGACCAUGUCCAUGUACAGCAGCUACUCACCCGAGGAUUUCCAUCAGGAGGAGGACGUUUACACUAAUCCGAUGUACGAGUCGUGCUGGACAGCACGAGAAGCUGGGUUGGCAGCUUGGGCUUUCCGCAAGUGGCGCUAUCAUCAGUUUACUUCACUGCGUGACGAUCUUUGGGGCAAUGCCAUAUUCCUUAAGGAGGCAAAUGCCAUUUCCGUGGAGCUCAAGAAGAAGGUACAAUUCCAAUUUACCCUCUUGACCGACACUCUGUACUCACCGCUACCCCCGGAGCUGGCCUCAAGCGUGGCGCCUCUGCAGCAAGAUGACGAGUAUGGAGCACCACCAGUUUCCAAGACUCUGGUCGCUGUAGAGGUUACUGACACAAAGAAUGGAGCUACACAUUAUUGGUCACUAGAGAAGCUACGCUAUCGCCUCGAGUUGAUGCGACAAGUGUACAAUGUCGAGAGCCCGCCAUCAUCGAUGCUAUUUGAUACGUCCAGCAUUGAGGCAAGCGGCAAUGGACUCACUCUGACCGAGAUGCCACCACCACAUACCCUUUCCAUGCAGUACACACAGACUCAGCCCCAAUCUCAGACGAUGUUGGAGCAGCCAGAGCUGAAUGUGAGGGACCGUCAGGCAUCCCCAUCGCGUUUGACAUUGGCGAAUCUGAUACCUUCUAGACAACGAUUAGAGCUAAUGCGUGAAAUGUAUCACAAUGAAGCGGAGCUGAGUCCAACCUCACCCGAUUACAAUGUGGAGAGUCUAACUGGUGGCGAUCCAUUCUAUGAUCGAUUCCCCUGGUUCCGCAUGGUCGGUCGUUCGUUUAUUUACCUGAGCAACUUGCUCUAUCCCGUUCCAUUGGUCCACAAGGUGGCUAUUGUUAACGAACGCGGCGAUGUGCGCGGAUAUCUUCGUAUUGCUGUACAACCAGUUUUGGAUGAGGAAUCGAUUGAAUUCAACAAUGGCGUCAAACAGUCAGCUCGUUUAGUAUUCAAUGAGGACGAUGCCAAGCCCAAAUAUCGUGCUCUUAAUGAGAAGGAUGAUGUGCAGCGUUAUAUUGACAAUGGAGGAAUCGACAGCAAGCUUGAGGAACUUGAAGAUGCCGACUCUGGUCGCGGUAUUGAUUCUAACUCGGCCUCCGAGUGUCAUGAAAAUGCCGAAGAGCCGGGUGAGCACUUACAGGUGGGCAAGGAGUUCACUUUCCGAGUUACCGUGCUACAGGCAACGGGCAUUGGCGCGGAAUAUGCAGACAUUUUCUGUCAGUUCAACUUUUUGCAUCGCCAUGAGGAAGCUUUCUCGACGGAGCCGGUAAAGAACUCGGCAUCUGGAGCUCCACUGGGUUUCUACCAUGUGCAGAAUAUUACUGUGCCCGUGACAAAGUCAUUCAUUGAGUACUUGAAGACACAGCCAAUCAUGUUUAAAAUCUUUGGACAUUAUCAGACUCAUCCACUGCAUAAGGAUGCCAAGCAGGAGUUCGUUUCUCGGCCACCACCAAGACGCAUGCUGCCACCAAGCAUACCAAUAAGUCAGCCAGUGCGCAGUCCCAAAUUCGGACCGCUGCCCUGUCCGCCAUCGUCGACAGUCUUGGCGAAGCAUGAUGUGCUGGUGUGGUUCGAGAUCUGUGAGCUAGCACCAAACGGAGAAUAUGUGCCAUCGGUGGUCGAGCACAGCGAUGAUCUUCCCUGUCGUGGACUCUUCCUGUUGCAUCAAGGCAUUCAGCGUCGCAUUCGCAUCACAAUUGUGCAUGAGCCCACACCCGAGGUGAAGUGGAAGGACAUUAACGAGUUGGUCGUUGGUCGUAUUCGCAAUACACCCGAGUCCUCGGAUGAGCAGGACGAGGAUGCUUGUGUGCUGUCGCUAGGCCUCUUCCCCGGCGAGGUCUUGGAUGUGCCUGGCGAUGAUCGCUCAUUCUAUCGCUUCGAGGCUGCUUGGGAUUCUAGUCUGCACAACUCAGCGCUUCUCAAUCGGGUCUCGCAAGGCGGUGAAACCAUCUACAUUACACUCAGCGCCUAUUUGGAGCUGGAGAACUGUGCGCGACCUGCCAUCAUCACCAAGGAUCUGAGCAUGGUUAUCUAUGGACGUGAUGCACGCACUGGACCGCGCUCAUUAAAACAUCUGUUUUCGGGACAAUAUCGCAAUCCGGAAGCCAAUCGCCUGUCAGGCGUCUAUGAGUUGUCGCUGCGCAGAGCAUCCGAAGCAGGUAGUCCAGGUGUACAACGUCGUCAGCGUCGUGUGCUUGACACCAGCUCCACAUAUGUGCGGGGUGAAGAGAAUCUACAUGGCUGGCGGCCACGAGGCGACUCUCUGAUCUUCGAUCAUCAGUGGGAGCUGGAGAAGUUGACACGUCUGGAAGAAGUGGGUCGUAUGCGUCAUUUGCUGUUGCUGCGCGAACGUCUGGGCAUGGACACCAAUCCCAAUCCGACCACUAAAACUGAAAAGGAUGUGUGCAAUCUGGCGGCACGUGCUGCUACCUCGCCAGUGCACAUGGUCAUACCACAGUCGCCGCAGACUCCCGUCAAGGAUCCACAGCACAUUAUGCCCGAGCGCGAGUACAAUCAACGUGAGCAGGAACUUAUGCUCAAGUGCUUGAAACUGGUGCAAGGCCGUUACAACAGGGUUGACCCGAAUGAACCACAAUCCCAGACAGAUGUCUCUCCUAGUGAUGAGGGCUGUGCUGACAUGACCGUUAGCUGUAUCUCUAGCAACUCCAUGGAAAACCACAAAUUUGUAAUUCGACACAGAUUAUGCUCUCCAGAUCGCGCCGAUGCGCCAAAUGGUUGGGAAGCUCCUGCGCCGGCAACUCAGCCGGCGCUGCCUUUGCGCUUAUACGUUCCAGAACUGGAGGAGAUUCGUGUUAGCCCAGUCGUAGCACGCAAGGGUCUAUUGAAUGUUCUGGAGCAUGGGGGUUCCGGCUGGAAGAAGCGCUGGGUGAUUGUCCGUCGUCCUUAUGUAUUUAUCUAUCGCUCUGAAAAGGAUCCCGUUGAGCGGGCCGUCUUAAAUCUAGCCACAGCUCAUGUGGAGUGCAGCGAGGAUCAGGCGGCAAUGGUUAAGAUACCCAACACAUUCAGUGUGGUUACCAAGCAUCGAGGCUACCUGCUGCAAACACUCGGGGACAAAGAGGUUCACGACUGGCUCUAUGCCAUUAAUCCAUUGUUGGCCGGGCAAAUCAAAUCGCGGCUGGCGCGUCGCACUUUAGAGCCGGCUUCGCAGACAGCAUCACAGAUUCAGGCCAGCAGCGUGGUGAAUCAAAACGCAGCGAAUAAAUGAGAUACAAUUACGAUGGAAUCCGUUUUGGUUUACUGAAACGCAGGCUAUGGCUGGCUGCAGCGACUGGGCAUGACCAGGCGACUAAUUCGCCGGCAGACAAAUGAUAUGUAGCAGCAGGAUUCCAUCGUUCAACGAUGUAUUGUGAAAAGUGAAUGAACAUAAACAAAAAAAAAAAAAACAGAACAAACAGUCAAAACAAAACAAACAAAUCCAAAAAAAUGCAAAGCGUACGUAAUAAUUAAGUAGAACAACAUGAUUAUUGACCAUUGUAAUUUGAUUGUAAUUAUUUUUGUAGUCUUCAAUUUGCCAGACAGGCGAAAAGUAGGCAAUGGAAAGAACGCCAAACGGCAACCGAAUAACAAUGCCACAAAAUUUGUAGCAUAUUUUCAGGCGCAGUAUGUAAACUGUCUACGUUUUAGUACCAUUUUUAUGUUACAGACAGAUCAUAUGUUUUGUAAAUAGCUUACGUUUCCGAAUUGUAUAAAUAUUAUCAUUAGUUACUUAA